AUGGCGGUCUUCGGCGCGGCCGCCCGCGCGAGCACGACGCUGCUGCAUGUUCUCGCCCGCACGACGCUGCCGCACCCGACGCGGGGGGAGGCGAUCCCCGUCACGAAGGUGCUGCUCUGCCCGCAAACCGGGCGCCGCCACCAGCUCCGCGUGCACUGCCACGCGAUCGGCUUCCCCAUCCUCGGCGACGAGCUCUACGCAGGGGUCCCCUCGCCGUUUUUACGCCCCUCCCCUUCGGAUCUGGGGGGGGUGCGGGGGUGGCCGCGGAUGUUUCUCCACGCGUGGCGGCUCUGCAUCCCGGCCUGCCUGGACGACCACCUGGACGAGGUGCAGCGCGUGUUGCGGAAAAAGAAGCGCCGGCGCGAAACCUUGGGCAUCCAAGAACCCGACUCCAGUCCCCAGAUCGUGGAGGAGUGGCAUGAGUUUGUAUGUGAGGAUCCUUUUGAGCUUUCCAACUUCGCCUUAAACGAGGGGCAGGGGGAACUGCACUGUACAGGGAGAGGGGAAGUCGAGGCAUUGAUUUCACGCCCCAACAACAACGACAUAAGUCGUGUGUGA